CAAAACAAGUUGCUAUAGAAAUAGACGAAAAGUGUGUGCAAAGACAUGACCUCUACAAAUGGAGGAGUCGUUUUAAAAUAAAGGCGUUCUGAUGACAAUAGUACCAGAUCAAAACUUUUAUUUAAUAGUGAGCAUCACAUACUAUAGGACCGUAUGGGAAAUACGGUAUCAAUAUAAACUUAACAGGAAGUAUCUUAGAACUGUGGCCGUUUUCUACGAUAUUCUCAUCACAAAAAUAAACACUAUUCCUUUUUACAAAAGAUUAAAUAAACCAUUAAGUUUCAAUUGUUUUGAUAACCCGAUUACCUAUAAAAACCUUUAUUUUGCGCGGUGUGAAAAGAUAAUGGGAGACAAUUCAUUGUUGUUUCACCCACACUGACUGAGGGUCUUCUUUUAAUUUUCAAGUGGGAACCUCACACGAUAUUCAAUUUGAAUGGAGAAUGGUCUUUGAUGUUAAAGCGCUUUCGCUGCCUCUUCAAAUUAUCACCUGGGUAGUGGUUUCCAAGGUUACUUGAAUACAAAAAAGGUUGCUAACCGUAUAAAAUCACCGCCGCUAUAAUAGUAGAAGUCAAAAAGAACGUGUAGUAGGUUGGGGUAAUAUGGGACACGUUUCCAUUUUUUCCGUCCCAUUUCAGAGUAGCGUUGUUAAUUGUUUUAAAACACAAUCAGGAUUUUUGAAUAUUAUGUGCAAAAGAGGCGUUCCAUCUUACCCCACACUAAUAUAUGCGUGUGUAAACAUUACAGUAGUUAAGUUAUAGUUAUGGAGGAAAAUAUGAAUCCAUCAGGUCGGGAAAGAUUGGCGCGGAUCAUGCGAGGAUGCGCAUCUUCCACUGCAAACAAAUUUCAAUAUUACGGCGACUACUUUGCCGGAGUAAAGGACCGAUGUUUUCGAAAUUCUUCAAAACUCAAACCCGACUUAUCACCUGAUGUGGAAUGUAGUGUGCCGGGUUGUCGAGCCGAGAUCACCAGAUCUCGCAAGGCGGAGAUUCAGCAAAAAGUUGAAGCCUGGCGGGUUGUUGUACUCGCAAGCUUUGCAGCUGUGGGGUUGUUUGCAUUAGUUCUCUCGCUUAUUUUACCGGAGUGGUUUGUUCUUUCGGAACUAGGCGGGAGGGUCAAAGGACACAUCGGGUAUUUUCAGAGAUGUAUUUAUGGUCCUCUACCCAACAGUAAACGAUGCUUACAUGAAAUAAUAUCUGAGGCGGCAGCUCCGGUCGGGUUAUUUUUAAUCAGCAUUGCCAGCGGUUUCGGGUCGAUUGUGUUCGGUGCUCGUCGUUUGUGUUUGACUCAAUGUAAACCUGCGAUGGACGACGCUCGGUCUGCAACUUACCAAAGAAUGAGAAGCCUUCUUGUCGUUUCUGGUGGUAGCUGCACAUGCGGAGUGAGUGUUUUCACUUACUUGUACAACGAUUAUUUGGUUCCUAUCAGCGCAAGUUACGUUCUUGGUUGGUUAGCGUCAUUCAUUUUACUGUUUGGUGGCAUCGUGGGUUUUUGCUUCAAGAAUCCGAGGCCUUCCAUUGUUCCAGCAGGACAAAUGAAUUGGAAUCGCAGGGAUUUGACGAAAGAAAAUAAAGUUUCAUCAUCUAGGAAAAAAUCAACCGUUAGUACGAUUUCGUCUUCCAGAAGACAAAGUUUCAACAGCGAUAAAAUAAGUCGCCCAAAACUUGGAACUCUACGUCAUCAUCCUACCGAUGCAGCCUUGCGUUAAUUGUUCAAGAAACAUGUUCUUUGCUGUGUUUGCUUUGAUGCUUCUACUGGCAGAUGAGACGAGUUCGAAAGAUCUCACCGCAACUCGUAUUUCACUGAGCGGAGAUAAUCAAAAGACUAUUGUAAAGUUAUUCAACCGAGCUAGAUUAGGUUUAAAGGCAAGCAACAUUCAUAAGUUGGCUUGGGACGAUAGGCUUAAAAAACAUGGCCUUCUCGCUAAAUAUGAUCUGCAAUAAUUUACACCCCAUUACCCCUGUUGGCGCGGGGGGUGUGUUUUUCCCCACUUUAUCCAAAAACAAUACUAUGUCUAGUCAGGUACGGUUAAUCACAUCUAUGUUAGAUUACACGUACGUAUACAGAACUAAUAGAUGCUCCGGGAACGUUUCUAUUUGUAAUGUGUACAAACAACUGGUAAAAGGAGAGUCCACGAAAGUUGGGUGCGCGUUGACCCGAUGUUCUUCAAUGUCCAACACAGCUGCUUUUUGCCUGCUGUCAACAAACCAAAAUAAAACCACGCGACCGUAUUUUUCUGGUGUUCCAUGCUGCAUGUGUUUCGCCAACUACAGUCUCUGCGAAAAUGGCCUCUGUGCUGAUUCCAGCUCAAUUACGAUGAAUUCUACAAGUACCAUUAAUUGUGCAACACCACAACCAAUGGUCACCAAACCUAUGACCCCAAACUCUACCCAAACAACGACGACCAUGCAUAUUUACAGAAACUCAACCCCUCCAUAUUUAUUGACUCGGCCAAGAAAUUCUUCGAUGCCUUCCACCCAAAGUGUAUCGUAUUCUACCACUGGUUCU